CACGAAACAGCGUGCAAACGUAAUGUAAUAACCGUGCAGUUGUCAAACAUUUCUAUCGACGAAGAACACUCUAUGUAACAUUUGUCGCGCGGAAAAUUCUACACAAAGUCAUGGACUCAGCAUGGUACGACGACUUCAUAUUGCGAAAUUGUCGGUGAAGCACACAAAGCAAACACCCACAGUUCUACGAUUGGCAAUGGGAAUGCGCGUCAUGGUGACUCGGAAUUUAGCAACGUCGGCGAAUUUAUCCAAUGGAUCGCGAGGAAGAAUAGUAGAGAUAAAGCUGGACGGAAGAGAACCUGCAUUUUGCUCAGCCACGUCACAAAGUGGGGAAGUAUAUCUGCAUUAUCCUCCAGUCCUAGUCAUCAUCGAGCUCGACUAGACCCUGAGGAGUCUCAUAACCCUGCACUUGCGCACUUGACUCCUGCAGAAGCGCUCACUCGUCUUCAGAGUCAGCUGAAAGCCUAUUUCCGUGCUGAAGAUCCGUUCAACCGCAAGAUGCGCUCAAAUGAGAGCCCGCGGGAUUACUGGCGAGCACUCCUGAAAUCAGGAGAUGAACUUGCUGAUGUACUUCCGAUUAUUGCAAUCAAAAUGUUCUCUGCGGUUCCUAUUUCUAUGGCAGACGAACGCACUAUGUCCACCAUCACAUGGUUGAACUCUCCUCGUCGCGCUAAUCAAAACCUUGGGACACUUCAAGAUCACAUCAAAAUUCGACAAUGGCAUCGUUACAAACCUGAGAAUGCAAAUCCCACCAAAAAAUUGCUUGCUCGAUGGCGAGACAUGGACGAAACUAUUUUCCACAAGCGUACAGCUUCAGACAUGGAUAUGUCUGAAGACCUUCCACUCCCUGGACUCCGUCCACCUCAACCAAGACCCUUCAACUCCAAUCCGCCCAACGACGCUGAUGAUCCCAAAUUUCCCGAUGAUGGUGCUGAAUGGCUGAACGACGAGCGAGGACUGGCGAGCGAGUUUGAAAAAGUUGACAGCUCAUAUUUCUUGCUUGCAGGGGCAAAUGUACAUAUCGAGUUGCGCUCUCCCUAUCUCCGCGACUUCCUGGACGAAACACCCCGAAACAUGAAUCCCCACGCCAAGGUGUUAACAACAUCGUCCAUUGUCGCGUCGUCGUCGUCGUCGUUAGAGGCAAUUCCUGAUGUAAAAGCCUGGGAUGUAUGGCCGUAGAACCACAUUUACCCUAAUUAACCGUUAAACUCAUCAAAUCUACAAGUAAAUUAGCGCUAAUUAGCAGACUUGCAAAUUUACGCUAAUUUACAUAGGUUAAUUUGACCUCCCAGACAGCCUUUGCUAAUUAGCCCUGUUAAUCUGGCCUCAGACCAGAUUUACAGGACACUA